AUGGACCGUGAGUUUGGCGGGAGGGAGAAGAGGAUCCAUCUGGAGAAGGGGCUGCUGUGGAAGAUCGAUUUGAGGAUGAGUAUCCUGAUCGUCAUCUAUAUCCUUAACUAUAUCGACAGGAACAACGCUGCAGCGGCAAGGUUGAAAGGUUUCGAAGCCGACCUCGGCCUGGUAGACAACCAAUUCGCCACGCUGCUAUCAAUCCUCUAUGUAGGGUACAUCAUCAUGCAAGUGCCGUCGAACAUGAUCCUGAACUGGAUGGGAAAACCGUCGAUCUACUUACCGUGUUGUAUGAUCAUAUGGGGUAUGAUCUCAGUGCUCACGGGGAUAACGACGAACUUUACGGGCGCGCUCUUGACUCGGUUCUUCCUGGGGUUCGUCGAAGCCGCGUUCUUCCCCGGCGCCCUCUUCCUCCUCUCCAAAUGGUACACCCGCAAAGAACUCGGUUUCCGAACCGCGAUCCUCUACUGUGGCAACCUCAUCUCCAACGCCUUUGGCGGGCUGAUCGCCGCCGGGAUCCUCUCCGGCAUGCAGGGUGCCCUAGGGCACGCAGCCUGGCGCUGGCUAUUCUAUAUCGAGGGAGCGCUAACGAUGUUUGUCGCUGUAUGCGCUAUAUUCAUCCUUCCUGAUUUUCCGGCUACGACCAGCUGGCUCUCGGAGGAAGAGAGGAAGCUGGCAGAAUGGAGGAUGGCGGAGGAUGCUAGUGGCUCGGCGGACGAGGAUGCGAGCAAGGGAGAGAGCCAGCUGAGGGGUUUGGUACUCGCGUUGACGGAUUGGAAAGUCUGGUUCUUGGCGUGUAUGAUGACUGCUGAAGUUGUAGGACUGAGCUUUAACGCUUAUUUUCGUGGUGCAGCACUGACCGCCACGCUCGGGUACAACACCACCGUUUCCCUCCUGCUUGUAGCGCCCCCAUGGGCAUUCGCAGUCAUCGUAGCGUUCGUCAUCGCCCGACACGCGGACUGGACCGGCGAGCGGGCGGUGCACAUCAGCGGCCCGCUCUUCCUAGGCAUUAUAGGGUUUAUCAUUGCCCUGAGCACGACGAACACCGCUGCUCGCUAUGUAAGCUUCUUCCUCAUGGCCCAGGCGUACGCAGGGUACAUCGUCUGCUUCGCUUGGCUAUCGAACACCCUCCCCCGACCACCCGCAAAACGCGCCGUCUCGCUCGCGUUCAUCAACGCCUUCUCCCAGCUGGGGAACGUUGCUGGCUCAUACGUAUUCCCCAGUAAUUGGGGGCCGACAUAUGACUACAGCUUCGCUAUCUGCCUAGCGAUGUUCGGGACGAGCAUCAUUAUGGUCGUAGUGUUGAGGACGUAUUUGAAGAAAGAGAACGAGAGGAUGGAUAGGGGGGAGAGGGUAGCGGGGGCGAUGGAGACGCAGGAAGAAGAGGAGGAGCUGAGGAGGACAGCAGAGUUGGAAGGGGUAAGCAUCGAGCUUGUGCGCGCUAAUAGGAGUAAGUGGAGAUAUCUGUAUUAG